UGAUUGGCCAGAGGUCAGCCGUAGGUCCCAGUGUAAACUGCAAUAACCGAGGAAGGUUUGCCAACCCAAUACAUGACGACGAGAAUCCUCGAUACGCCACCCUUUGCGAAUAGACAAUUCAACUCUAUCGGAGGAGAUUGCACAGCAUUUCUUUCCUGUCAAUUGUCUGACCACAGCUCCAACUAAACAUUGCGAAGUUUGACUGUCCUUCUCCUCCGGUCCCAAUCGCAAUUGUACUUCCUCGAUUCGAUUAUUCGACAAGAUGGCUACUCUUCGAUCUUCUUCCCGACUUGUCGGAGCCUUCUCAAGGACGGCUGCUUUCCGACCUGGUGCUGUCUUCACUCGUUCUAUGGCCUCAGUCAGCGAGCCUCCUAAAGACUCUGAUGCCAACCUCAAGUCUUUCCAAAUCUACAGAUGGAACCCCGAUACCCCCAGCGAGAAGCCUCGUCUUCAGACCUACACUCUGGACCUCAACAAGACUGGACCUAUGAUUCUUGAUGCCCUCAUCCGAAUCAAGAACGAGCUCGACCCUACUCUGACCUUCCGACGAAGUUGCCGUGAGGGUAUCUGCGGUAGCUGCGCUAUGAACAUCAACGGACAGAACACUCUUGCUUGCUUGUGCCGAAUUCCCACUGAGGCUGCUUCCGACGUCAAGAUCUACCCUCUUCCUCACACCUAUGUCGUCAAGGACCUUGUCCCUGAUUUGACACAUUUCUACAAGCAGUACAAGAGCAUUAAGCCCUACCUUCAGCGCGAUACCCCUGCUGAAGACGGCAAGGAGUACCGACAGACUAAGGAGGACCGCCGUAAGCUCGAUGGUCUCUACGAGUGCAUUCUCUGCGCCUGCUGCUCUACCUCAUGCCCAUCUUACUGGUGGAACUCUGAGGAGUACCUUGGCCCCGCUAUCCUUCUCCAGUCUUACCGAUGGCUCGCCGACUCUCGUGACGAGCGCACCGCCGAGCGAAAGACCAACCUCGAGAACUCGAUGAGCCUGUACCGUUGCCACACCAUUCUUAACUGUACACGAGCCUGUCCCAAGGGUCUUAACCCUGGCAAGGCCAUUGCCGAGAUCAAGAAGCAGAUGGCUUUCGGCAACUAGAUUAACAAAACUACGAAUAUGUCGCGAAAACGAUGUGACGAUUGGAGGGAGAAGCGAAGCAUUUAAAGGGUUGUCGCAGAGCAAAAUCUGCGUAUGAGAUUAUUAGCACUUUAACCCUGUGUAUAGGCUAUGGAUGGGAGUUCCACGCUGUGUUCUAUAGCAAACUUGGCAAUAUUAUUUUCUUGAUCAUUCA